UAUGGCCACAGAGGGAGGAGGCAGCGGCACAGGCAGGCCAGGAGAGUAAGCAAAGCUAAUAAGGAAGGAGAGAGACAUGGAGGAGGAAGCCCAUGGCAUCGUUAUUGUCGGCAGUGGUAUCUGCGGCCUUGCCACUGCUCUUGCCCUUCACAGGAAAGGGAUUGCUAGUCUGGUGCUGGAGAAAUCUGAGACCUUACGAUCAGAUGGAGCUGCAAUUGGUAUCCAUGCCAACGGAUGGAGAGUUCUGGAGCAACUUGGAGUGGCUGCAGAGCUUAGGAAAACUGCCAAUCUCGUCACCGCGUAUCAUAACGUGUGGCAGCAAAAGAACAAGAAGACUAGCCGGUUAUUACCAAUCAGGAACGAACUCCGAUGCUUGAAAAGGAAGGAUCUCAUCGAGACAAUGGCCAAGAAUUUACCUUCAGGAGCAAUCCGCUACGGCUGCCACGUGGUUGCAAUCCACCAAGAUACUGGUACCCAUGGAGCUAUUCUUACUACGGUCGAUGGUUGCAUUAUCAAGGCUAAGGUCCUGAUUGGAUGUGAUGGUGCAAAUUCGGUGGUAGCCAAAUACCUAGGACUGUCUGCGCCCAUAACAAACCAUCACACGGUUUUUCGUGGUUUCACUAGAUAUCCGCAUGGACAUCCAUUUAGUACUGAGUUUCUGCGAAUAAGAGGAGAGGAGUUCUUUGUCGGCAGAAUUCCAGUAACCGACAAUCUAGUUCAUUUCUUGAUAGUCACGCCUAUUCCUCCAACAGGAAGGAUCACCUAUGAUGUGAUCGCCGCGAAGGAUUCCGUGAUAGAGAAGCUACAAGCUCAAGAUUGCCCUUCUGAUAUCAUUGAGAUGUUGCGGAACUCUGAUCCGGAGACCCUGAAUGUCGUGAACAAUAUCUGGUACCGCCCUCCCUGGCAGGUCGCGUUUGGCACCUUCCAUAAGGGUAUCGUGACAGUCGCAGGUGAUGCAAUGCACGUCGUGGGCCCGUUCAUCGGCCAGGGCGGCGCAUCGGGGCUCGAGGAUGCCAUUGUGCUUGCACGAUCGCUGUCACGAGCCGCCGCCGGUGACUAUAGUGUCGCGAUUAAGGAGUAUGUCCGAGAGAGGAGGCUAAGGGUGUCAUUAGUGUCUCUGGAGUCCUUUGUCUUUGGUAUGCUAGGGAGUGCCAAGUCGCGGGUGACAAUGCUUGUCUGCAUUGUUGUCUUAGCACUCCUAGGCAAUCGGUCGCUUAGGCAUGCCGACUUUGAUUGCGGUCGCCUCUAGAACUCAUGAAUGCAUUUCCUACUACAUAAUCAUGGGAUUCAUGAGUUGCCAUGUGUCAAACAAGAAAGUAUGCCACAAUAAGCUUCAUCCAGAUGAGAUGAAACAAUGCUUGUACUUUUUUCUUUUUGCUUUUAUUUUACUGUGCAUUUUCACCACUACAUUGAAAACAAAAGAUUUAUGUAUGAUUGUAAUCAAGAAGAAGAAUGUCUUUAUGGUCAAUUUGUUUCUGAAA